AGGUGUAUGGCAUAAGAACUUGACUGAAGACUCAGCAGUAUGCUGAAGAAUUGUACACGUGUAGUCCCACAAGGGUUCAGCGCUUCACAAACAAGACAGAUACACACUACCAACCCCAAAUUCAAAAGAACACCCGCUGCAGUAAGGGGACACUGGUUCGGUGGUAAGAAGCAGAAAGGAGGUGUCCGUGAACUAGAAAGCGAUGUUAUAAACGGAGUGCAGCUACCACAUAACCACCCUAAACUGAGGUUCUCCUACCUCGGAAAACACAAGUACGAGUGGGACAGAACGGAACCUAUUCGACCUUGGGACCUUGCUGAGCUAGCUAAACCUCACUUGGGACAGUAUGAACGUAGUUCUGGAGAUCAAUUUGAGUACAGUGAAAAAUGCGGGUACCAGCUGGAUGUACAGAAUAAAGGAGAGGUCGUGAAACAGGACGAAGAGAGACGUCUAAAUCACGAGGAGGUGUUUGGGGACCGGAGUCUGGAAAAGCGUAUUUCAAGAAGGCUUAGUCCAUAUCCUACAUCCUUUGUCGACCCUUUAGUGUGGAGAUUUAUAGAAAAGAUAAAGUUAUGUCGUCACACUGGUGUAGACAGAGCAUUUGAUAUCAUGGUCAACACCUUUAAGUAUAUCAAAAUACACCAGAUGCAACUAAAAAAAGCAAAUCCUAAACAGAAGAUAGAACUUGACUGUAAUGAAAUCCUAAAACAGGCUGUUAUUAACGUGUCUCCGCCAGUCAGGAUUGAGUUUGUGCAAGUUAUGAGGACAAGAGACGGCUACAAGCCGUGUCCGAUACCGCUAACUAUCGAGGAGAGCACUGACCUGGCUAUCAAACGUUUUAAAGUACAAUCCAAACGGUUCAAGACUAGAGUCCCGGUUGAGCCUAUGAUCCUAGCUAAUCUGAUAAUCGAAUCGUAUAAUAAGCGGGGGGCACUUCAUGACGCAUUGGUGGAGGACACUAUUCUGGGCGAGAAAUACCAGGACAUGUUCCAAAGAUUUGGGCGCGUAACGCACAGUAGCGAGACUAAGACUCGAGCUAAAUACAGAGAACAAACACACAUACACGACAUGAUGCACGUGACCUUACCGUUAGAGAACGAUGAGUACUCCAAGCUUCCUGGAGACCCGCAGUGGAAUGAUGACGAUCAUUUGGACGAUGAGGAUAAAAGGGAUUCUCCCUUGAGGGCUGGCAUUGGUCCUUAUCCGUCAUCAUGAGAGUAAUAUAGCGAGAUUGUGAUCUUAUCAAAGUUCGCAGAUUAUCUUUAUUUCAUUCAUGCUAGAUCUCUUGACAACGAAUUUGAAAGGGUAUUGCACUAUUGCAAGUUGAUGAUGAAAUGAUUAAUUUAUUACUUAUUUUAACGCUUUGUAAGUGCUGUAUAAUUCUUGAGGUUCAUUUAAAGGCCGUGGAAUGUGUAGUAUUUUCCUCCGGGUGAACUGUUGAAAUCAUCAGCUUCCUUGAUUAAACUCGGUUACAGACCGUUUAAAUAAAUGAUACAUCGCAUCAUACACAAAUAAAUAUGAAUUGUUAAGCUGUUCUGUCGUUACAGAUCAGGUAAAUACUUUUGCAUGUUUUCAAUAAACUUACAGUGUUAUUAUUCUGACAGUUGGAUGGUUAGAUGACAGAAUCAGACUCAAGCCACCAACCCCGUUUGAAGGACCUAAUAGAAGGAAAAGUAGAAGAGUAUGCUCGUCAGAUUCCUAAUGUAGAUGUCUUUGAAGAGAAGAGCACUAUUCUCACCCAAUGGUUCCUCAACAAAGACUACUUUACUCUGGCUUCCUCGUCUGCAUUUGCUUGUUGUUUAACCCACCCUGUGGAUCUUAUGAAAGUUAGGUUUCAGCUUCAAGGGGAACUGAGACCCCCUGGAAAGUACCCCAUUAAAUACAGAACAAUACCUCAAUCAAUGUUAGCUGUGAUACGUGACGCAGGUGUGAGAGGACUGUAUAAAGGAGCCGCUCCAGCUUUCUCCUAUCAGUUCCUCAUGAACGGUAUGAGAGCGUUUGUGUUUGAGAAAUGUAACAGGUGGGGUCUGACAAGUGACUUGAACGAGGAGCCCGUGUUAUGGAGAUACGCUGCAGCGUGUGCGCUUUCUGGGUCAGCAGGCGCGGUUUUUGCAAGCACUGCUUAUCUUGCCAAAAUACAAAUGCAGUCUCAAGCUAGCCCUAACCUAGCAGUAGGCUGGCAACAUACCCACAGUAGACCAAGGUGGGUAAUUUGGAAAGCGUUCCGAGGACACAGGGGUUAUAUGGGCAGUGCGUUUCAAGGAGGAACAAGCGCUAUGAUGCGCAUAUCUGUAGCGAGCACAGUGCAACUCCUCUCCUUCACCACAGUGCAACAUGGCAUGUAUGCGCUCGGAGUGCACGAUGCUCUUCAAAACUCCUGUCUCAGUGGUAUUAUCAGUUCAAUACCUGUGGUCCUUAUUUCAAAUCCAUUCGAUGUAAUCUGCACUAGGAUGUAUAACCAGGAGCUGGGUGCAUAUUACAAGAAUAAUUGGGAGUGUGCGGAGAAACUUCAUAAGCGGGAGGGUUGGAGAGGGUUUUAUAAAGGAGCCGUAGCUAAUUACUGUCGGACGGUGCCUCAUAUGAUUGUUACUCUAUUAAUCUGGGAUCACUUCAGGAAGAAAUCAUUCAAUCUCUCUCAAAUUGACCAAUCUUUGAGUUUAGAAUUAAAAUUAUCUGAGAAGAGUAUUGAAAAGAGUCACGAAGAGAUUUUUUCUAAGUUUGAAUCAUGAAAAUAAAGGUCUGAUUAUAAGUGAUUUAAAGACACUAUGACAGAUUUCUGGUUGAUUGUUUUAACCAAGUCAUGUUUUGUAGUUACAUGUGCAUAUUUAGUUAAUUUAUUUUUAGGACGGUUUUAUACUUUAAGUGAUUGA